UCUAUUCUAUAUAUUUGUCUUGCUUUCACUAGUUAGUUUUACUGACAUUGAAGUUUUAUAUAUCUUCAACUACCAAGUAUAUAUCUCGUUUAUAUUGCAGAAGAAACUAAUAAGGAGACCACAAUGGAAAGUGAAGAGAUAGCUAAAAAGGAGAUGAAGGUGGAGAUCCCAUCAGAUGCUGAACUUGUAUCAGCCAUGUCUGGGCUUGCAAGACAGCCGAGUGGUGCAAAGAGCAAUUGUCUAUGCUCUCCAACCACGCAUGCAGGUUCAUUCAGGUGCAGGCUUCAUCGCACCCCAGGUCUUCAGCGAACAAGAAGCAUGGACUCCAAUAGUUCCCUAAGGGAUUCAACAUCAAAGGCAAAUACGACCACGGCUGAUUCUGCUAGUAAUGAAAACACAGUAAAAGCUCAGUGAUUCGCAGAAAUAAGUGCAUGUUAUUGUCAUCGCUAUAGUACUUCGUUAUUGCUUCAACAGCUUGAGUUGUAUCUACUUGCUUAUUGCUUUUAUAAUUGUUAAUCCACCAAUUUCGUUGCCUGAACAUUCUAAACGCAGUGUCUCUUCUACCUUCUGAAGUAGCGAUGACCAAUAAUGGUAUGCCAUGUGGAUGAUUUUUUUUU